GUUGUCGGUAUAAUAUAAGCUCUCUCUCUCGACAGACACCGAUUGCCUUUUUCCACCGUAAGGACAUCGAAUCUUCUAGCUUCCUCCGAUCAAAAGCAAACGUCUUUCUCAAGAUCUUGAAUUACCCAUUACACAGAGAGAGAAGGCGGGAGGAGUAUGGAGGUAUGAGGGCGGUGGGAGAUGGCGAGGGGAGGAGGAGAAUACAACGGAGGAGGCGGAGUUCUUCUCUCCUACAAAAGAAUCACUCUACUCGUUUGCCUUAUCAACAUCCUCAUCGCUCUCUUUGUUCUUCGCUUUCUCUACGCUUCUUCUCUCCACAUCUUUCCCAAUCACGACAAUGGGGUUAAGAACACAGCAGAUGAGAUUAGGAGAAUGGAGGAAUCGGUUCGGAUUCGAAGAUCUAAAGAACCUGUUGAGCUUGUUAGAUUGGUGAAGAAGAUGAAACAUGAUGUGGCCAUUGCAGAAUCAAGUGUUGAGUUGUCUCCUUAUGUAAAAGGCAAACUAAUUGAUGAGAUCUUGGAGCUUUUGAGAAGGGUAGAGGAGAAGUCUAAUGUAACCCUGCUCAGAGAAGCUGUAGAAACGUGGCGCAUUGAUAAGUUGAAGGAAGCUAAAGAGCUAAUUCAAGAACAAAAUGGAGUAAACUCCACCGUGAUACUGGAGGAAGCAGGGAUGCUUGUAAGAGCUUUGGAGUUGGAGUGGGAUGUGCUGUCGGAAGAGAUUGGGUUUUGGUUACCUGCUGAGGUUAACAAUGAAGUGCACGAUGAUAAACCUGAAGGAGAGGAAGAGCCUGAGGAGAUAUUAGCAGGAAGACCAGUGCCUGCUGUAUGUAACGCAGAGCUUCACACAGAUUAUGGUGGAGCUGCAGUGAGAUGGGGACUUACACACCACAAAGAGAGUGCAGCUGAUUGUUGCCAAGCUUGCUUAGACCAGGCAAAGCACGCGAAACCUGGGGAAAUGAGAUGCAACAUUUGGGUUUAUUGCCCAUCUGAGUUUGGUUGCUAUUCUCCAGAUAUUUAUCAGCAUAAACACCAGGAAUGUUGGCUUAAAUACGCAGAGCAGCCAAAAGAGAAUUUUAAAGACAGAUAUUCAGAGUCAUACAGAAAAAACCACCCAAAAGCGCCUACUAUUGUUCCAUGGGUUUCAGGUGUUGUAACUCCUUCAGCAUAAACACAUGUGGACAGGACUGUUUGAUGGGACAAUAGGGGAGAGAUAGUUUUGGUUAUUUCAGUUGUGUUACCACCAUUAUUUCUGAUUCUUGAAACUUUAAGUACCGGACCAAGAUGCUGACAUCUUUGGCCAGUUGUAUACGAGAAUAGAAUGUUUCUUUUUUGGUUUCUUGUUUUGUUUGUUUGUCUUUGAAAUACAUGGAUGGGGGGCUUUACCACAACACAUGAUCGAAGUCUAAUAUGGGAUCAGGAAUAUGUUUUUUGUCCA